CUCUGUGACAGACCAGCAAAAUAAUGAUGAUGCCAAGACAUCGGAGGAAAAGGAUAUAGAUGCUUUCUUGAGAGAGCAGGAGAAAAAGAAGGUUCAGGAUAAGAUGAUUACCAAAGACACAUCCUCCGUUACUUCAGACUUGACUCACUGUGAGGAGGACCUCUCCAUGACUAGCGCUGAACUUGUAACUCUCCCAGAACAGGUAGUCAAAGAAUUGAUUCCGACCUGUAAAGACAGAGUGUCAAAAAAUUCCUUAAAAUCAAAAAGUGGAGCAAGAUUUGAGACGGGAGCUAUCAUCACUGAAGUUGAUGAUGGUAAGAUUAAUAAGGCAUUUUUUGUUCAAAUCCUUGAACUCUCUUCAGAAGUAAUUCUGAUGGGAUCUAGUGAAGUUACGGCACAGAAUAUAGUUGAUAUAUUUAGAUUAGCAAUGAAGCUUAGACGUAAGGAGAUUAUAUGCUGGUAUUGUUACUAUAAGGCAUAUGAGGAUCGAGUCAGGGAUGUUAAGUCUAAGAAUGGUAAGCCAGAAACAAAUUAUCCUAUUUAUCAUCUUCUGAGCAAUGUGAAGAAAAAGGAUCUUUUUAGGGGAAUUGAUAAUUAUAAUUUUGCAUCACCUCAGUCGUGGAGUUCACAAUGUCCUAUUUGCGAUGGAAACAUGGGAAUUAUGGAUUACACGGCUCAUGAUAUAAAAACCAAACGGAAUAUUGUCUUAUUUGCCUCACUUCAAGCAAUAAAUUCAAGUUCGCAAUUGUAG